GUUGAGAGCAGAUGUGUGGUUGACAGAAUGCACUUUAUCACACUGAAGAACAUGUUUCACACAAUCUAAAGCAGCACUUCUUCAUAAUGCACAGACAUAUAGUGCAGAUCUAGAAGAAUUUCAACACUCAGAUCAGAGGAAGUUAAAACCACACGAGGAGCUGAGAGUAUUUAAAGAAAGAGUUGAGAGCAAAUGAUGAAGAGAAAGAGAAAAUGUCUGAGUGUCAUCUGUGUCUGCUGGGACUGAUCGCUCUCUCUUCACUUCUCACAGGUGUCAGUGGAGAGGAUGAUGUUCAUGUGUUCAUCAGUUCUGGUGAAGAUGUCCGUCUGCCCUGUAAUAAAGCUCUUCAUGAUGCUCUUCAUGACUGCAAAUCAACUACAUGGAACUAUAACGGAGGCAGUCGAUUAGGAGCAGUUGAACUGAUUAAUUUAGGGAUAAUAAAGAAAGACAUCAAGAGACACAAGAGACUGAGUCUGGGGUCUGACUGCUCUCUGAACAUCAGGAACAUCUCAACAGAAGAUUUUGGAUCUUACACCUGCCAACAAUGGAUUGAUGUGGAUGGACCACGACUAAGUGUGGGUGGAAAAUACCAAAAACAAGGAAAUGAUGCUGGUGUUUAUCUGCAUGUUCUUCAUGUCUCAUCCUCACAGACUCAGAUCAGUUCAGGUCUCUCUGUGACUCUCUCCUGUCGGCUGUAUUCAUAUCCUCGAGUCUCUUGUGAUGAAUCCGGUCGUUCUGAGAGGAUUAAUCUGUUCUGGGUGAAUCCGGCUGGUGUUAAACCGACAAGCUCAUCCUCAUCAGAUCCCUGUAUCAUCUCUCUGACUACAACACUCCUGAAUGAAGAUCACAACAGAGAGUGGAGAUGUGAAGUUACUCAGAGAGAUCAAGUCAAGACCUCAGUCACAUUCACUGUCAAGAGAUCAGCUCCAGAUAAACCAGAGACAGCAGUCCCAGACUCUACAGGUAACUUCUACACACAGUGGUACUGCAUCCCAAAAAAACAUUAAUGAAAUAUGUCAGUGUCUUAUUAAAUGGAGGGGGGGGGGGGCACAUAAAUAUACAUUGCAUCCCAUGUUAUUAAGAGAAGAUGAUUCCAGAAGAACAUCAUUCAGAUCUAAAGCAGAAAGCUCUGGAUUUCAGCAGCAUAAAGAAGAGCAAUAGACAAUAAAUCAGUCACAGCACAUAAAUCAAAGGUCAGAGGUCACAGUAUAUAUUAUAUCAGAUAAUAUGUUAAGCUGUUAUGUGGUCAUGUUGUCACAUUUCACUUCCAUUUGUUGAGUGUAAAUAAAGAAAAUGUAUACACAAGUGUAAAAUUACUGUGAAUAAAAAAAUUAUACUAUGAACCUCAUUUACACAAACUAAAGAAGUCAAAAAGUGUUAAACUGUGGCCUGCU